UACAUUGCAACUGGGAAACCCGUAGCCUUGACUAUACGCACUUUUGUUGGCAGGGUGAUGUCUCUGCUUUUUAGUAUGACUGUGGAGUCUACUUGCUACUUUGCUUUCAUUAUGUGCUUUGUUUAAGGUUGCUUCCUACCCUUUUCUGGCAAUUUUAAACUACCCACAGACCAAUUUUCAAUUGGUGAUCCUUUAUUUGGCAGUACAGGAAGGCUUCACCAUUUGUUGUGUACCUGUAUUAUUUUCUUUCUAGUAAUAUAGUUGUUGCCUUGUUGUUAAGAUGUAUGUUGGGAGUGAUUGUCAAGGUUACACUUUUGUGUCUCUUGUCAGAAUUGUGUGGUUGGUAAGACUGUCAGGGUUGCUGCAGUAUUUGAAGACAGAUCUUGUUUAGGCAGGUUUCUGGUGUUUAGGGCAAGAUAUAAUGUAUGGAACAUUAAUUUUGUUGGUAAUAGUUGUGUGGACAAACAAAAUUUUUAUCCUUUUAUUUUAAAAGUGGUAUAUCAGUAAGUUCUAGUACAGAUUGUUUUAAAAAGUUUUGUUUGGCCGACUUUAAAGGUUUUUGUCCCCUCAUUUUUCCUAGGAGGGCCAAAAUACUUGCUAAAAAUAUUAGCUCAUGCCCUCCAGAUGUUUUUGUAUUGCAACUCAGAUUAGCCAUGGUUAGAAUAGCCAAGACUCAGAAAUGCUUGGAGUUGCAGAGCAAAACAUCAGAUGAGGUGAGGGAAGGCUGUUUUAGGCGUGUGUGUGUGUGUGUGUGUGACUAAUAAAUGCCUUUCUUAAUGGGAGCCAGCAAUAAGGCAAUAACUGCUGUCCAAGACGUGGACACUUCAUGUCGUUCUGGCUCUGUGGAACAUGCCUCCAACCAUCUUAUUCUGUAUCCUUGCUUAGUUAGCAAACUACUUUAUGAAUCUUAAAGGAUUGACUAGGGCAAAGGCAAAUUGUUUGGCUGGCAGUCAGUCUUGCCUGUGAUUUGAGACCCAGCAAUAAGUGCAGAGGGAAUGACAGGAUGGAAAGGGAGAGAUUGAGUAAGUAGGACCAGGAAAUGAGAACAUCUGAUCAAAUUAAGCCAAGUGGCUUAAUAGACUUGGAAGCCUUUCCAGGUAGUUUCCAAAGAAACAUUUGCACAAAGUUAACAGAAUUCCCAAAUAUUGUUCUGCAAUGGAAGGUUGUAACAGAUUACAUGUGAACAACUAAACUGAUGUCUGGGAUUUAUUUUAUUUUGUUUUUUGUUCUCCAGGACUAAGAUUAAAUUAUAGCAGUUAUGGAGUGUGCAAGUUGCUGUGAGCAGAUUCUUAACUGAUAGGAGAGGUUUCAGUCUUCUUCUCAGAUGAAGCUAGAUGCUCCAUUCUGUUACCAGUCAUUUUUGUUACCAGUGGGGCCAUUCAAGAUAAUGUUCCAUACUAUCUACUUAUCCAAAAACAUGUCUUAGUCACUGAUUGGCAUGGGUGGUAGUCUGGCAGAUUGUUAGCCAAGGAGACAUUAAUAGCAUAGUCAACAGCACAUGAGCCUGUUGGUUUUAUAUGUUUCAUUUCGUGCCCUUCUAGUCCUUUCUUUUUGUUGACGCCAUCAUUAGCUUGAUGCACUAGCCCCAUGCAUAAGUUCAUCAGCACAUACAGGACUAAUGUGUUUCCGUGUAUCAGAGGGUCAUGAGCACAAUGUCCCCUGCAUCCAGCUACAUCGGAAUCUUAGUGCAUUCAGCACAGAAAUCCCAAUAGGUUUGUGGAACAUGUUGGAAUUGGUUCUGAACUUCAUGGUCAUCAUGACAAUGGGUCUAUCCUUACUGAUAGCUUUGUUCCACUUUCUGGAUUGCCUAACUGCGAUGUGACACAGUUGUGGGACUCCUGUUUGACACUGUGGCCAUUGACCAACUUGCAUGGAUGGGCAACUUAUCCUCCAGGUAUUUUGGCAUUUAGUACUGAUCAGAGCUAGCCCACAUAGCCCAUGGUGAAGGAUGCAGAUGUUGCAAACGAUAAGUUGCUUGCUUCUAGCUUGCAUUGCUUAUCAGGAUUCUGUUUUGCCUCACAAUGCUAUUUAACCCAUGCAUGAAACUGCUGCAAAAAAUUAUCUGGAAUUCUGUGGUUCAGUGACACCAUAUGCUGUUGAUUCCUGAAACUGCCUCUUUUUAAAAUCUAAAUCCAAGGAAGCUUCACUCAUAGCAUGCUCGCUGCUCAAGACUCUUUGAGCAGUGGGAUAAGGAAAGACUUCUGUUAGAGAUUCUGCAUAGUUGUUGGACCAGACUGUGAUAAUUGCAAUUAUCUGUAAAAUAGCUUACAUUUGUGUGGAAGUUCUUUGGCAUUUUUUCCCACUGCUGCAGUUCAUGGUUAGGAGAAAAAUGAACUUUGUGCUCAUGAAGAUACAAGGUGGCUUUCAGUUGCUAUUUGUUCACCUGUUGAAUUCUGAAUGAAUGCUCCACAUUAAUUUAUUGCAAAGGAACAGCUUUAGAUUAGUUUUGCACUUAAAAGGAUAAAUGCAAGACUUGAUUUUUCCUAUUCCUCCAGCAAUUACUAUCUUACCUUCAUCUUAAAAUAACUACUAGUCAAUGACAUACUAACAAAAAAUCCCUUGUAUCAACCUGGUGCCCUCAACAUGUGCUGUACUACAACUUCUAGCAUGGUAGAAUUUCCCAGAUGCUGAGUGUUACAGUUCAACACAUCUGGAGUUUGAGGAAGGCUAGCUUAUGUGUACUGCAGUCUUCAGUGCUAUUACAAGAAACCUGCUACACCACCAUGCCUGGAUCUCUUCCUGUGAAUGCUGAAGCCUGCUGGCCAAAAGAUGUGGGAAUUGUUGCACUGGAGAUCUAUUUUCCUUCCCAAUAUGUUGACCAGGCAGAGUUAGAGAAAUUUGAUGGUGUGGAUGCAGGGAAAUACACCAUUGGCUUGGGCCAGUCUAAGAUGGGCUUCUGCUCAGAUAGGGAAGACAUCAAUUCACUUUGUCUCACUGUAGUCCAAAAGCUUAUGGAGAGGAACAAUCUCUCCUACAACUGCAUCGGGAGACUUGAAGUUGGAACAGAGACAAUCAUUGACAAAUCCAAAUCUGUAAAGACUGUUCUGAUGCAGCUUUUUGAAGACUCUGGUAACACAGAUGUGGAAGGCAUUGAUACAACCAAUGCGUGCUAUGGAGGUACUGCUGCACUCUUCAAUGCUGUUAACUGGGUGGAAUCCAGUUCCUGGGAUGGGCGUUAUGCACUUGUUGUUGCUGGAGACAUCGCUGUCUAUGCUACUGGAAAUGCCAGGCCAACUGGAGGAGCUGGUGCUGUUGCUAUGCUUGUGGGUCCAAAUGCACCUCUUAUUUUUGAGAGAGGAUUGCGUGGGACCCACAUGCAGCAUGCUUAUGACUUUUAUAAACCUGAUAUGGUAUCUGAGUAUCCUGUGGUUGAUGGGAAACUGUCCAUACAAUGCUACCUCAGUGCAUUAGAUUGCUGCUACGCUGUGUAUCGCAAGAAGAUCCGAGCUCAGUGGCAGAAAGAGGGAAUUGACAAAGAUUUCACCCUGAAUGAUUUUGGCUUCAUGAUCUUCCAUUCUCCAUACUGCAAACUUGUACAGAAAUCAGUUGCUCGUCUUUUGCUGAAUGACUUUCUUAAUGACCAGACAUCCACAAAAGAAAAUGACAUCUACAGUGGCUUGGAAGCCUUUAAAGACGUAAAACUGGAAGAUACAUACUUUGACCGAGAUGUGGAGAAAGCUUUCAUGAAAGCCAGUGCUGAACUUUUCAACCAAAAAACAAAAGCCUCUUUGCUUGUUUCUAAUCAGAAUGGGAAUAUGUACACACCUUCAGUCUAUGGCUGUCUUGCUUCUCUUCUGGCUCAGUACUCUCCUCAGCAGCUGGCCGGGCAGAGGAUUGGGGUCUUCUCUUACGGAUCUGGAUUUGCUGCUACCCUCUACUCCAUCAAGGUUAGCCAAGAUGCAACCCCUGGCUCUUCCCUGGAUAAAAUAACAGCAAGUCUUUCUGAUCUGAAAGCAAGGCUUGAUUCAAGGAAAUGUAUCGCACCAGAAGUGUUUGCGGAGCGUAUGCUGCUUAGACAAGAGACUCAUCACUUAGCGAACUAUAUUCCACAAUGUUCAGUGAAUGAACUCUGUGAAGGAACAUGGUACUUGGUGCGAGUAGAUGAAAAGCACAGACGGACCUAUGCUCGUCGCCCUGUGCUGGGUGAUGGGCCUUUGGAAGCUGGAGUGGAAGUGGUUCAUCUGGGCCUUGCUCAUGAGAAUAUUAAGCGCAUGUAGCGGAGUAUGUCUCUGUUUGCUAUUCCACACAUCCCUAGUCCUGCCAAGAAAGUACCAAGAAUUCCUGCAAAAACAGACUCUGAAGUAGUUGCUGUUUCUCUUUCCAAUGGAGAACAUUAAGACACCUCUGUGAGGUGGGAAUUGAAAAAAUGAGGGAGGUGGAGAUGUACAUGGGAUUAACAGAUAUUACCUACAUCCUGCUGUACAGUACUGCUUAGUUGGAGCAUGAAAAUGUUAAUCCUGACGCGCUGUCUUUUGAUGCGGUUUGUUGACAUGUGUAGUUUCAUAACACUAAAAGUUCUUGUGCUUCUUGGAACAGAAAUUACCAAGGGCUCUUUCUGAGAAAACAAUUUGUUGUAUGUUUGUUUGUUUUUAAAUAGGCAUGGUUCAGGAAUAGGUACUGUAAUAUAGGCUCAGGAAAACUUCAAAUGUGUUUGCCCUGCCCCUCCCACCCAUUUUAAUAAAAGUUAAAAUUUGUAAUAAUAGCCUCCCAAAAGGAAGCAGCUCUUUUUUGUUUUAAAAAGCCAUUAUUAAGAGAAAAUAAUGUGCCCUAAAACCUUUUGUGUGUCACCUUAGUCUUUUAUGUUAGGGUCCUGUGUGCCUUAACAGGAUAAGCACCCUGCCUCUUAAUACAAACUUUAUUCUGCCUCUCAAAGUACUCCUUGGAUUUGAGAAGGGUGCAGUGGGUUUGUUUGUCAAGGUGCUAUUUAUUGGAGAAAGUUUUUCCAGUUCUGUUGUAAAUCUAAACCUAUCCUAAAAAGGUGGAUGUCUGUGAUCUACAGGUGAAUCUGGUCCCAAUAGUAUAUUAUCACUUGAAAACCUCAUUUUCUCUACCAUAAGCAAAGAUACUUCUUCAGUACUAGUAAAGCUAAAAGUUGCAUGCCUUACAAGUGAACAGCCCGUUCUGCCCCUCCCCACACCCUCUCCCCAUGGCAGAGUAUUGCAACAGUGUCUUCUUGGUACCUUAGAAAUAGUUGAAAAAUGAAUUCCUUUGUACCUCUCUUGUGCAAUCUUUUAUAAAGGUUACCCGAGAGCAGGUUUUUCGUGUUCAGUUUCCUGUGAACAAAGACUUGGUCAAAUGUGCAUCCUAACAGCUAGGAUCGAUCAUGGAACACUUUCUUCAUCAAGGCAGUUUUUGUGUGUGUGUUGGGGAUAUUCUGCAACAAAUAGGUGUGACUCUGCAUUGAUAUAUAUGUGGCUUCAUAUUGCCAGCUUGUUUAAAGCUCCAUUUUCAUUUCUGUAGGAAUGGUCAAAGGCUGCAGUCCUCAAAUCACUUACUGUAGAACAGGCAUGCACACUUGGUGAACCCUGAAGCUGAACAUAGUUCACCAGUUGUGACUCACUUGAUAAGCCUCCCGAGUUGACUGCCUGUAGCAAAAAGAGGGGUAUUGGUCAAGCACCUGGCUGGGCAUGGGACAUGGCUUAUGAGCUCCAAGUUACUCUCUUCUAGAACAAUUCGUGAUUUUCUUAGACCUGUUGCAAGUAUGAAUAUGGGCUCUUCUGAGGGUGUCCACUGGCAUGCUGGGUGGGCCUAGAUGAACUGGACUUAAAGGGAAAGAAGGUUCCUGGUUUGUAAAAUAUAUUGCAUUUACACUAAACUUCUAGUCUGUCCUGUUUUUAUUUUGCGUUAACAUGCUACAAAAACCUUUGUCUAUUAAGACUUGCAGAAUUGGUACAUAUUGUGCAGUGUUACAAGAUGCACGGGGUUUGGUGUUAUGUUUUGUUUUUUAAAAAAUAUCACUGACUCUGGAUUGAUAAUCGCUACACCUGUACAUCGCAUUGUACAAAUGCUUUGACGUAACAUGCAUUGAGAAACCAGUGGUCUAAGUGCUGUGGCUUCACGUGACAGAGCUUGCUGUGUGUACACGUUGUUGGAAGCAUAUUCAGUCCAUUGCAGGCAAUGGACAUGCUGAGAACCGUAGCACACAGUUUAACCUUUAUACACCUCACAACCAAUGAGGCAGAUGCCUUGUAAAAUAAACAUUGAGCUAUUUGAA